AUGUCAGUUUGUCCAGAUCUUCACCAGCGCUAUGUGCAGGUCUGCCAAAACUUGGGCCAACCUGAAAACCCUUUCAUUGCUCGUGUGCUUCAAGAAGCUGAUAAAAAUGAUGAAAUCCUAUGGACAAAAGGGUUCACGUUAAAAAUAGCUGGAAAUAGUAAUCUAGUGCCUGUGCAGAGAGUUACAGAUGACAGUCUUCAAGUUCUUAUUUCUGUCUUACGUACGGCUGCGUUUGUCACAGGUUUGGAUCUUAGGUAUAAUGUAUUGACUGAUGCUGGAGCAAAGACCAUGGCAACAUUCCUCCAGGAAAACUCCUCUCUGCGAUACCUGAACCUGAUGUUUAAUAAUAUUGGCACAAGUGGAGCAGAGCUGAUAGCAAAAGCGCUCCAUGGGAAUGAAACUCUUCUGCACAUGAGAAUGACUGGGAACAAAAUAGGAGACAAAGGUGGGAUGUUCUUUGCUUCAAUGCUACAAAUUAAUUCAACCUUGGACAAGUUGGAUCUUGGAGACUGUGAUAUAGGUGUGCAGUGUCUAAUAGCAAUAGCAUCAGCCCUGAAUCAGAACAAAUCAGUCAAAGCAAUAAACCUAAAUCGUCCUUUACUGUUCACCCAACAGGAAGAGACCACAGUUCAUCUGGCUCUGAUGCUGAAAAAUAACUCUUCCCUUGUGGAACUACACUUAUGCAAGCAUGAAAUGAAAAACUUUGGUCUGGAGAGACUGUGUGAGGCUUUGUAUGAAAACUCUAGCCUGAGAUACCUUGAUCUUGCCUGUAAUAAAAUAACCAGUGAUGGUGUAAAAUUUCUGGGAAAACUACUAAAAUGGAACCAAACCCUGCAAAUCUUGGAUCUUAAUGCAAACCGAAUAGAAGAUGAUGGAGCCAUCUACCUGAGUGAGGCCUUGGCUUUGUACAACAGGACUCUUCAGGCGUUGUCAGUAGUAAGCAACAAUAUAAGUGGCAAAGGACUUGUAGCUCUUUCAGAUGCAAUGAAAACAAACGCAGAACUUUCCCAUAUUUACAUCUGGGGGAACAAAUUUGAUGAAGCCACCUGUAUGGCAUUUUCAGAAUUAAUUCAGAUGGGCCGCCUGAAACUUCAUUGCACAGAUGUGGAGCCUUAUGAAGUGGAUGGGCAUGUUUACCUUGCAGAGCUCUCCCAUGGCCUGAAGAAGCAUUACUACUGGACACCAAGUUAUUGGGCAGUGACAAAAGAAGAUGCUAAUGCCAGUCUGGCAAUUGCAGCUGUUUCAGAGUACUUCUGA